AUGCCUGAGGAUCUGAAGAUUGCGAUCCUAUCACCCCUGUUAAAAAAGUCCAACAUUGAUUUUGAAAGUUUUACCAAUUUUCGACCAGUUUCAAACUUGAAAUUUUUAUCUAAACUCAUCGAGAAAAGUGUUUCGGGGCAGUUGAAUAAUUACCUUGUAGAGAAUGAUCUUCAUGAGCAAUAUCAGUCUGCAUAUAAAGCUUUCCAUAGUACAGAGACGGCGUUAGUAAAGAUUACCAAUGACAUUUUAUUAUCUUUGGAUAGAGGUGAGCAUGUUUUUCUUCUAUUGUUGGAUCUAUCAGCAGCGUUUGAUACUGUCAGUCACUCCUUGCUGUUAUCACGGAUGGAGAAACGGUUUGGCAUUAGUGGAAUUGUGCUAAAGUGGUUUGAAUCUUACCUAUCUAAUAGGAGCCAGUUUGUGAAUAUUAAUGGUACGAGAUCUGCAACUCAUGACGUAAACAUUGGAGUUCCUCAGGGUUCAGUCUUGGGCCCUUUAUUGUAUCUUAUCUACACUUCACCCCUGGCAGAAAUUAUCAACAGAUAUAACCUGAAGUAUCAUUUGUUUGCAGAUGAUACACAGAUCUAUAUCUCCUUUAAUACCACAGACGUUGCUACAUCCAAACAACGCGUUGAGGACUGUGUAGCUGAAAUUUGUCAUUGGAUGAAUAGUAAUGAGCUUAAACUCAAUCAUGAUAAAACUGAAAUUAUGUUGAUACAUUCAAGGUACCUUAAUAAACCACCUGUUGAUGAUUUUAACAUUGAACUUGAGAAAGUGCCUAUUACUGCUGCAUUAGUUAAAAGUUUGGGUGUUGGUUUCGAUGAGCACAUGAUGUUUGAUAGCUAUGUUGCUGAUAAAUGUAAAUCUUCCUUUUACCAUCUGAGGAGCUUGUCGAGGAUCCGCAAAUAUCUGACGAGAGAGACUGCUGCAAUUGUUGUACACGCUUUUGUUACAUCGAAGCUAGACUACUGCAACUCUCUUCUCUUUGGCUUACCGAAGUACCAAAUGAAGAGGUUACAGUAUGUUCAAAAUACAGCCGCUGGAAUUGUUUGUCGGAUUGGUAUAUAUGAACAUAUCACUCCAAUUUUAGUGGAUCUGCAUUGGUUGCCAGUACAUUACCGCAUAGUUUUUAAAAUUUUGUUGUUAGUUUAUAAAACAAUUAAUGGCAUGAGUCCAAGGUAUCUGACUGAUCUACUACAGUUUCGUUGAUCCUCAAGAUCACUACGAUCUGUAUCGAAUGAACUCUUAAGUCAACCGAGAACUAUUACGAAGACAUAUGGUGAUAAAGCUUUUUCAGUUUGUGCACCUAGACUUUGGAAUAUUUUACCAUUGGAUAUUCGCAAGUCAUCUAGUGUUUACGCUUUUAAGAAGUCAGUUAAACCUCAUCUUUUUUCAAAAUUUGUUAGUAGCAAAUCUUUAUUUAUGUAGAUAACUUUAGGUACCUUACUUUGUUUGUAUAUAGUAGUUUUAUUCUAAAUCAUGUAAAGCGCCUUGAACAGCUUUGGAUUUGUGCGCUAUAUAAAUAAAGUUUAUUAUUAUUAUUCUCAGCUACUUCUUUUGACUCCUUCUUAUGAACAGGUGUGAUGUUCGCAGUCUUCCAUUCUAUGGGUACUCUGCCACAGUUCAGAGAAUGAUUGAAUAA